CUCUGUGAUCGUCCGGCUGAGCAUCUCUACAGUCUCUUUCUGUGACAACCUUUAUCCUCUGUGAUCGUCAGGCUGAGCAUCUCUACACUCUCUUUCUGUGACAACCUUUAAACUAACAACCUUCCAACAGUGUGCAGCUCCAGCAGGCUGCCAUGUUGGUUUCCAUAAUCACCGUCUAACAGCGCUUUCUGUGAUUGGACGGCUGUUGAGGAAACCGCGCUGUGAUUGGUGGAGAGGCUGCGCGAGCGCUGUGAAGUCCCAGUGCCCAGUCCAGGAGGUGGCAUGUUAACGAAGAGGACGCUGGUUUGAUAUAAACUCUGGAUUUACACGUUAGCCUUUAGCCAAAUGGCUCACUAGUUAACUCUAGCCGUGUGGAUGUAAGAGAAGUACAUGUCGGUAGUCAGCAUGUAGUCGUGCUUUCUACAGAACUUCAGUCUAGUGUCUGUACAGGUCGAGUUCUUCCCGUCUGUAACAGGGAGGAUUUAAAGCACUGCUAGAUUACAGAGUCACUGUUUUACAUGGCAAUAAUGAACAGUGUUGAAAUAUGAGUUGUGUGAGAUCCUUCGUGUACAGUCGCUGGUUGUUAAACCACAGUAAAUCACCAAGUGUGAACACAUCAGUGUGCUGGCAUGGCAGGCAGACCAGACUGUUCAGCACUACCAACAGCAGCAGGACUAUUAUGCCUGCCUGGGUCAUUGAUAAAUAUGGAAGCAAUAAUGUGCUGAGGUUUACUAAAAAUGCCAGUUUCCCCGUCAUCCACUACCCCAAUGAGGUUAUAGUGAAAGUGCACGCAGCAGGACUGAACCCACUGGAUGUCAGCAUGAGAGGUGGCUACGGCGCUGCAACCCUGUCUAUGAAGAGAGAUCCUCUGAAUAUCAAGCAGUCAGGCAGCGAGUUCCCUCUCAUCCUGGGAAGGGAUGUGUCGGGGGUCAUCAUGGAGUGCGGCCUGGAUGUGAAGUACUUCAGUGAAAAGGAUGAGGUGUGGGCAGCCAUCCCGCCAUGGAAGCAGGGCAGCUUGGCUGAGUUUGUGGUGCUGAGUGCCAAUGAGGUAUCCCGCAAACCAGAGUCACUGAGCCACACAGAGGCAGCAGCCAUUCCCUAUGUGGCAACCACUGCCUGGUCGGCGUUGGUCAACAGUGGGCUCAACAAGGACAACUGUGCUAAGAAGCGAUUUUGAUCCUCGGGGGAUCCGGGGGGAGUGGGGACAUUUGCUAUACAGAUGCUGAAGGCCUGGGGAGCCCAUGUGACUGUUACCUGCUCCCAGAAUGCAGAGCGGUUCGUAAGGGGCCUGGGGCGGGACCAUGUGGUGGACUACACUGCUGGACCUGUUGAGGAGCCGCUCAGUGCACUGGAGAAAAUUUACCUGAUCCUGGAUAAUGUCGGGGGGACACGGACGCGCUGGGCACUGAAUCUGCAGCCUUGGUGUGGUGCCAAAUAUGUCACCCUUGUAACACGUUCCUCCAGAACACUGACAAAGACUGGGCAUUGCUGAUGGCAGAUGCAGACUGCUGCCACAAUGGCCAACCAAAGCCUAAGCACCCUUGUCAAAGGAGUACACUACCGCUGGGGAUUCUUCGCACCUAGUGGUCCUGCACUGGAUGAAAUCAGGGAACUAGUGGAUGCAGGACAGAUUCGGGCAGUGGUGGAGGACACUUUCAGCUUUUCCCAGGUUCCUCAGGCCUUCGAGAAGUUGGAGAAAGGUCACGCUCGCGGAAAGACUGUGGUCCAGAUCGGCAAAGGGGGAGAUGACUUGUAGCACUGACUCUGAGAAUCUGCUCAAUCAUGAAACAAACUGAAUUAAGACUCAUUUGAAUGCAAGGUCUUAGCUUAUUAUAUCCACAGCUGCAAACAAGGUACAAGAACAAUGUUAUUGCUGUUACUUCUUCUCAUGUGUGCGGGAUUUUUGGAGCUAAAAAUGUGCAGGUAAGCACUACAGCUGCUGUUGUAGCCGAUGCUUUAAAAUGAUUGCUACUUUUAUACUGGCCUGAAACAUGAAAUGAGUUGAUUAAAGUAAAGUGAUGAUUUAAGCACUGUCAAUUUAUUUAAAGAGCAAUUAGUAAUGUUUGAAUGUGUAAAAUGGAAGUAUUUCCUCAUACACUCAGUUGCCACUUUAUUAGAUCCACCUGUGUAAAAGUGAUGUAGUCUAACAACAGUCCUGCAGUAAAUCCUCCCUUCAUUAAGGUUAGAAUGUACAGUUUUAGAGAGGAGGUAAUUCAACUUUAUGGAAGAGGUGCAAAGAGUACUAGAAUAUUGUACUCAAGUGAAAGUACUUGUGUAAAAAUGUACUUAAGUAAAAGUAAAAAGUAGGCAGGUUAAAAUGUACUCUGAGGGCGCCCUGGUAGCUCACCUGGUAGAGCGGAGCGGAGUCCUCUCUCUCCCUUUCACAACUGUCACUGUCUCUAUCGAAUAAAGGCACAAAACUGACCAAAUAAA